GCGCAUUCGCAGGAAGAGGCCGGGCCGAGCCGAGCCGAGCCGAGCCGGGCCGGGCGACCUGAGGAGAGGAGAAUGGGCGAAGCGGACUCGGCGGACAGGCCCGCUGUAGGCCCCGGCCUCGGCUGCCAGGAGAGCUACGCCUGCAGCGGCUCGGAGGCGGCCUUCGAGUGCGACGAGUGCGGCAGCCUACAGUGCGCUCGCUGCGAGCGGCAGCUCCACGACCAGCCGCGCCUGGCCAACCACGAACGGAGGCGCCUGCAGCCGGGCCACAUCCCGUACUGCGACCAGUGCCGAGGCCCGGGGCCCGCACCGGCCUCCGCCUCCUCCUCCGCUGCCUCAGCCUCCGCCCGCACCCGGGCCAGCGCCCGCUGCCAGAGCUGCCGCCUCAACCUGUGCACCGACUGCCAGCGCCGCAGCCACGCCAACCGGCGCAAACACCCGCUGGUCGCAUACCCGUCGCCGCCGGCACUCGACGAUGGCCCCGGCUCCCAGCAGCAGCACCGGCCGCCAUUCGAGGUCAUCAACAGCUUCUUGCUGGUCGACGAGAAGGAGGAGAUCCGGGUAGCAGGUGAAGAAGAAUUUAUUAAAAAACUUACCUGCAAGCCAGAUGAAAACCUCAAAGUUAUUUCAAUCUUUGGCAAUACCGGUGAUGGCAAGUCUCAUACCCUGAAUCAUACAUUCUUCCAUGGUCGUGAAGUUUUUAAAACCUCUCCCACACAGGAGUCUUGCACCGUUGGAGUAUGGGCAGCCUACGAUCCUGUUCAUCGCGUCAUUGUGUUAGAUACUGAAGGGUUGCUGGGGGCUACUACCAAUCUAAGUCAACGAACAAGAUUGCUACUGAAAGUACUUGCCAUAUCGGACACAAUCAUUUACAGAACUCAUGCAGACAGGUUACACAACGACCUCUUUAAAUUUCUUGGGGAUGCAUCUGAAGCCUACCUUAAACACUUCACAAAGGAGUUGAAAGCUACCACUGCAAGGUGUGGGUUGGAUGUUCCAUUGUCUACACUUGGACCAUCAGUCAUAAUAUUUCAUGAGACUGUGCACACCAAGUUAUUAGGAUCAGAUGGACCUUCUGAGCUGCCAGAAAAACUGUUACAGGAGCGAUUUCAUAAACUUGGGCGCUUUCCAGAAGCCUUUUGUUCCAUACAGUACAAAGGAACCAGAACAUAUAACCCUCCAACAGAUUUUGCUGGAUUAUUGUGGACAAUUGAGCAGCAGUUGAACAACAACACAACCCGUUCUCCCAGACCUCCAGGAAUAAUUUUUAAGGCUUUGAAAGCUUUGAGUGAACGUUUCUGUGGAGAAAUUGCAGAUGAUCGACUGGCUUACAGCUGCUUCUUUCCUGACGAGUAUUUUACUUGUUCUUGCACAUGUCUCAGUUGUGGAGUUGGCUGCAAGAACAGUAUGAACCAUGCAAAGGAUGGAAUUCCUCAUGACUCCCAAAGCCGUUGCAGCUAUUCGCACCAGUACGACAACAGGGUGUAUACUUGCAAGGCUUGCUAUGAGCGUGGAAAAGAAGUAAUCGUGGUGCCAAAAACAUCAGCUUCCACAGAUUCUCCUUGGUUGGGUCUUGCCAUCUAUGCCUGGUCAGGAUAUGUGAUUGAAUGCUGCAACUGUGGAAUCAUUUAUCGGAGUCGGCAAUAUUGGUUUGGCAACCAGGAUCCAGUGGACACCGUAGUCAGAACAGAAAUUGAGCAUGUUUGGUCUGGAACGGAUGGGUUUCUGAAGGACAAUAACAACGCUGCUCGCCGGUUGCUGGAUGGAGUGAAUUUUAUGGCACAGUCGGUGUCGGACUUUGGUGCCAAGCCAACCAAAGCAGUGACGGCCUGGCUGACGGACCAGAUAGCGCCCUCCUACUGGCGACCAAACUCACAGAUUAUCAACUGUCAUAAAUGCAAUAAACCUUUUGAAGACCAGGAAACAAAGCACCACUGUAGAUCCUGUGGCGAAGGCUUCUGUGACAGCUGCUCGUCGAAAUCCAAGCCAGUCCCCGAACGUGGUUGGGGAUUGGCCCCUGUACGAGUCUGCGACGAGUGUUAUGAAAGAGCAAUGAUCGAAACAGAAACCGCAGAUGAAGACGGUGAAGAAGGCGGUACAAUAAUAGCUCGGAAAGUUGGGGAAGCUGUGCAGAACACCUUUGGAGCUGUGGCUACAGCAAUAGAUUUUCCAUUAGGACUGGUGAAAGAUGCUGCCCGCCCAUCCUACUGGGUGCCUGACCACGAGAUCACCGACUGCUUCUAUUGCCGAAAGGAAUUUAGCGCAAAGAUGUCCAAGCAUCACUGUCGAGCCUGCGGGCAGGGUUUCUGCAAUGAGUGCUCGCAGAACAGGCGCCCCGUCUCCUCCCGGGGAUGGGAUCAUCCCGUGCGAGUCUGCAUCAGCUGUUACAAAAAGGCUGGUGACCUUUGAGCAGCAGUUUGGAAGAUCAAUCUAACACUGAAUUUUAAUUAUUUAUUACAUAUGCAUGACAUUUAAUGUGGGAUUCAAUUGUUAAUACAGUUCCUAAUCUUGCCUAUUCAAAAAUGUUUACUUUUUAAGGCUAAUGGGUAAUAAUAUCAGGACCACAAUAGGUUAUUGAUCAAAUCCUUUUCUUUUGUAGAAGGCUUCAAUUCUAUUCAUUUAUUGAUGUUAUUCACUCAUUGUGAAUGACCAGUAUAUUAUGUAUGUAUGAAUGGACUGCACUUAAUGACAUACAAAUGGCUAGAAAUGGCUUGUUCCAGUGGAGAAUAUUUUAGUUUUAAUAUCAAAUCUUGAUUUAAGAUUAGAAACUUUUCAGUGACAUUAGCAGUCGAGCAUAUUUCAGAAUGUCUAAUGUUGGCACCACCAAUUAUUUAAUAAUCAUCUUUUGUUAAUGUCUCUUAGUAUUAAAAGAUAACUGUUUUUGAUUGUAAAUAAAAUACUUGUUCAUUGCA